AGCUCCGACACAACGUUUCGAAUCACUCCGCUUCGGGAAGAGUGACACAAGCUCCAAAACCUCGGUGAAAUAUCCAAGGUCACCGCAACAGUCUACCAGAAUGUUUUCAAGGACUUCAUGAUUCCUUCCGCUGAGGAUCUGUAUGGAGAUGCCGAUUUCAUCUUCCAGCAGGACCUGGCCCCUGCCCAUACCGCCAGAAGCACCAAAACCUGGUUUGAUGCCCAUGCCAUCACAGUGCUUGACUGGCCAACCAGCUUGCCAGAUCGAAACCCCAUUGAGAAUCUAUGGGGUAUUAUCAAGUGGAGAAAUUAGGGGCACCAGACCCAAAAACAAAGAAGAACUGACAGCAAGCGUCAAGGAAAUCUGGUCUUCCAUCACUUCGGUUCAACGAUUAUGUUUAAUUUACUGGAACCAAACAACCUUACCUCUAUACAAGUGAAUGGAAUAAAUGACUGGGGAGUCCCGUUUCAAGAUGGCGGCUAAGUAUCCAUGUGCUCAUCCAGCCGCGGCUUGCUCUAGUGGUUAUAUAUCUGUAUCAUUUGGUUCGCCCACUCAAAGAAAUGGUUCUUUUGUUUUGAAAAGGAAAUCCGGAACUACUUAUACGCCACACUCUUCCUCUCCCGAUUGGCUGGGUUCACGUUGCUGCUGAUGUGGUGUUCUGAAGUUAGCGUAGCUGUUCCUCCGUUUCACCCAGGUUCUUUGACAUAAAAAGCAUUUCCACCGCCUCCGAAAAUAAUGCCUUACUUUCAGACUUGGGACGAGUUUGCUCGUGCAGCAGAAAAAUUGUAUCUGACGGACCCCAUGAAGGCCAGAGUGGUAAUCAAGUACAGGCACUGCGACGGCAAAAUUUGCAUUAAAGUGACCGACAAUUCCGUGUGUUUACAGUACAAGACGGACCAGGCUCAGGAUGUGAAGAAAAUCGAGAAGCUGCAUGGCAAACUGAUGAGACUGAUGGUGUCCAAAGAGACGCACAGCGGCACUAUGGACACGGACUAACGUAGUUGAGACGGAGUACCGCUUACCUGGACUAAGUUCAUUGUGGUUGUUGGGAGCACAGAACUCACCUGAGUGGGAUUCAUGGAGAGUCUGACAGAGAAGAGCAAUGGGGGAGAUUUAACUCAAGAUGAAUGCUUCUGCUCAUUCAGUACAGUCAGAGAUGUGAUUUCUAUAUGCUGUCUGUACAUGAAUCUCAGGAUUUGUGAACAAUACUUUGGAGUUAUUCUCCUGGUUUUCUGCAUAAGGCAUUCGAUCACACAUCUCUGAUUGUAUGUUUGCGAAUCUAAAGUUGGUCAAAAUGAGAAGUAUUGGCUAAAUGUACGAAAUGGACACAUCUGCUGCUCAUUAGCAGCUUUGGCGCCUUCAUUUCUGUUAGUAGAGCUGUCAGCUAUUUUAAUUUUCAAGUGAGAUGAUCAAUGAAGAUUUUGCAACCCUAAUUGCGAGUACAUCAAGUAGUAAUUUUAUUUGGACCCGGCUCUGAAUUUUUUUCCCCCUCUUACGGACAUGAACACAACUUGAAGCGGAACCUGAUUUUCUAACAAACCUCAGCAUCUUCUAUUACAUUUGCUUACAACAGUUACAUCUUCAAUAAAUGUUUAUUUACUCCAGUACAAACAUUCUUUGUUUUUAUUUUGGGUACUGAUACGCUAAUCUCUAUAAUCUUGUAUGGCAGGUACCUUUUUAUACUGU